AUGGAGGAGUUAGCAAUUGGUUUAGAGGCAGUGCACCUCUCGGUCGAGAAUGAUGAACAGGAGGAGCAGGGGCAGGGUAUGGACAUGAGGCAGGGCAGUCCGAAUGUCGUAGGCGAAUCGGAGGAUGAGGUCCUGAGAGCGGAACACGAUAAUAGGGUGGUGUAUCAGAGGCGGGAGACAAGAACAAAGAAGAAGUAUGAUCAGGAGCGGGAAGCACGCGAGGAGGAAGAGGCGAAGCGGAGGGUGGAACAGAAGCGUGUGAGGCUCGAGGACCAAGAGCGAGAGGUGAGUGCGAUGGAGGGGGACAGGGAGAGUGAGGAACGCGGACGCAAGAGGGAGGAAGAGCGGAAGAGGGAGGAGGCGAGGAAGGUGUGGCACGAAAAGGAAGAGAAGCGGCAGAGGGAGGAGGAAGAGCGGAAGAGGGAGGAGGAAAGGCAGGCUGAGCGCGAAAAGGAGGAGAAGCGGCAGAAGGAUGAAGAGCGGAAGAGGGAGGAGGAAAGGCAGGCAGAGCGCGAACAAGAGGAGAAGCGGCAGAGGGAGGAGGAAGAGCGCAAAAAGGAGGAAAGGCAGGCUGAGCGUGAACAGGAGGAGAGGCGGCAGAGGGAGGAGGAAGAGCGGAAGAGGGAGGAGGCGAGGAAGGCGGAACGAGAAAUGGAGCAGAAGAGGCAGGAGGAGGAGGAGCAGAAGAGGGAGGAGGCUAGGAAGGCGGAACGCGAAAAAGAGGAGAAGCGGCAGAAGGAUGAGGAGGAGCGGAAGACGGAGGAGGCGAGGAAGGCUGAACGCGAAAAGGAGCAGAAGCGGCAGGAGGAUGAGGAGGAGCGGAAGAGGGAGGAGGCGAGGAAGGCGGAACGCGAAAAGGAGCAGAAGAGGCAGGAGGAGGAGGAGCGGAAGAGGGAGGAGGCGAGGAAGGCGGAACGCGAAAAGGAGGAGAAGCGGCAGAAGGAGGAGGAGGAGCGGAAGAGGGAGGAGGCGAGGAAGGCGGAACGCGAAAAGGAGGAGAAGCUGAAGAGGGAUGAGGAGGAGCGGAAGAGGGAGGAGGCGAGGAAGGCGGAACGCGAAAAGGCGGGGAAGAUUGUGGAGGCCAACGAGCGAGAAACGCGCGAGGAGGCGAGGGUGGAGGAGCGAGAGCGACAGAGGCAGGUCGGUGAGACCGGGGAACGAGAAUCGCGUGAAAGGGAGGAAGCGCGGCAGAGGCAGGAUCGGGAACGAAAGAGAACUGAAAGCGAACGCAGAAGAAAAGAGCUUCAGAGGCUCGAGCGCGAAAGGUUUGUGGCGAGGCAGACGGAGCAAGCGGGUGUGCAUCAGGGUGUGGAGCGUCCGAGGGAUCGACCUGUAGAGAACGAGCGCCGUGGGAUGGGGGGCGCUACACAGAGGCAGGAAAGGCAGAGGGAGGUUGCUGGGUUGAAUGAGCAAGCGGAUGGAGCUCGGCAAGUGGUGGUUGGCGACCAGCCAACCCUGGGGCAUCACGGAACAACUGUUGGUCGGGCAGCGGAUGUUGGUUUACCGGGAUUGAGAACAGGCGGACCGAGGCCGAUGAUGCAGUGGGAAGGUGGCCGGCGUGAUGAUCAAACAGCCCGGAACAGGGUCGGCGCGGGAGACCAUAGGAGGUUCGAUCAGUCAAGGCAAGCUGGUAGGCGAGAGGGUGAAGCGAUUGGAACGCGGCAGGGUGAGCGAAUGGCGGAGGAUCAGGUCUGGCGUGGGGUGGGAUGGGGAAUGGAAGGAGUGCGAUACAGGGAGUUUCAGCAGAGAGAGGCGGGAGGACGUGCGGACGAGGAACUAGAGAGUGCGGCUAGUGCGCUCCCCAUGCAGAGGCGGCAUCCACGAGCGGCAGAGAAUCCUGCUGCGGUGCAGGGAGAGGAACUAGAGGAUGGUGAAUGGGUGGCUGUGGAGGCGCUACUGGCGGGACUGGAGCAAGCGGGGCCGCAGGUUUUCGAGGAGACGGAGCGAGGAUUUGAGGAGGCUGGCGACCGCAUCGCAGCUGGCGGCAGGAUGCAUACCACAGCAGAGUUGAUGCGGCGUCUGACCUUGGUGGCAAGGUCCGUGGCGAGGGCUUCGUCGGAGCAACGUGUUCGUUUCAUCGACUGCAUGGCAGAGAUUCGAGAAUUUGGUACGCAGAUGCAAGCCUUGGACAGCCGCUACUUCCAGGACUACGAUGAUCUAACACACGAGUACCACGAGCUCAAGGCCGGGGUGGUCCGGGAACGCGACGAGCUAACCCAAUUGCGUACUGCUCUUUCGGCUUCUGUCGCCGAAUCACGAGCGGCAGCAGCUGAUGCGGGUCGCGCAGCUGCAGCAGCGGCUGUGGAAGCAUUGGAGGAAAGGUUACAGGGGUUUUUCGAGAACUUACGGGAGAAGCUGAAGAGUGUGGUGGAGCAGGUGAUAGAGCAAUCGUCGCUAGAGGCCUCGUUCACAUCCACCUCCAUGGAACACCUGCAAGCGGCUAUUGACAAUAGUGUACUCGCAGUGUGGGAGGAUCUCAGGGCUGCGGACGACCAAAACAAUCUGACUUUCAACAAGAUUCAGAAGGCUCUGGCAGGACUGUCAACAAAGCUCAAAGGGCUGACUGGACCCAGCAAGGUCCGAAAGCCACCCACCGCCAGGGGAGAGGCCACACCAAAGGCUUCGCGAAAGCAGCCCGAAGCAGAUUCCCCAGACAUCCCAAUCUCCUCAGCACAACGAGUCAUUGAAAGGUUUGCCGCAACGUCCGAGGGUGAGGAGGGUGACGCUGGUGAGGCGGGUGAGACGGGCGCUGGUGUGGCAGAUAUUGACUUGUCUGAACCAGUGAGGAGAAACUGGAGAGAGACGUACGCAGCAAAGAACGUGCAGAAAGAGAGGGAGAAGGAGAGCGAAGAGAGGAGGACGGCUGAAGCGCGGAAGCGGCAAGCACUUCAGACGGCGCAAGUGACGGCUGCAAAGAAGAGGCGGGCUGAGAAGGGGUUGGGAAAUACGAGGGUGGAGGACCGUCCUGGGACUGUCAGCAGGGGGAGAGUGACGGAAAACCAACCGGCGGGUACAGCUGCAGAGGCAAGGAAGGCAGAACGCGAAAAGGAGCAGAAGCGGCAGGAGGAGGAGCGGAAGAGGGAGGAGGCAAGGAAGGCGGAACGCGAAAAGGAGGAGAAGCGGCAGAAGGAGGAGGAGGAGCGGAAGAGGGAGGAGGCGAGGAAGGCGGAACGCGAAAAGGAGGAGAAGCGGCAGAAGGAGGAGGAGGCGAAGGCGAUGGAAAGGAGGCGGGCACAGAGGGAGGCGGAGUUAGAAGCUAAGCGCCAGCAGAUUGCUAAGAUUGCGGAAACAAAGCGGUUGGAGGCAGCAAAGCGAAAAAGAGACCUCGAAAUAGAGCGUCGGAAAGCCCUGGAGGAGAUCGAGCGUAUUGCACGGUUAGAGGAAGCCGCAAAGGAGGAAGAGGAGAGGCAACAAAUGGAGUUAGAGGCGGAAACAGAGAAAAUGAAAAACGAGAGGCGACGGAUUGCGGGGGAGGAUGAGGAAGGGGCAGCGGGGCAACGGCAGGGAGGAGAGGCGGAAGAAGGGUGGGCCGGGAUUCUUCAAGUGAUUUCAUUGGUUCCCGAUGAACCGCUGCAAGUAGUUGACCUCGUGGGGGAGGUGGAGGGUUCGGAACAUGUGACAGGCUCUGGAGGUCUAGAGACUCAACCGCCUUUGAAGAGGCUUCGCAUUGACCAGACCGGAACGAACUUCGACGCGGAUGAGGGGUCUUUGGGGGCUGCUGCGUCAGAGGAAUGUGUCGGUGAAAAUGUGUCGGGAAAUCAGAACGUUCAACCAACGUUGGGGGAGGCGACGGGAGAGGUGGCACCGCGAAGAGCGGAUGUGCUACCAGACGAGCUAGGGAAGCGGUGGGGGGAAACAAAGCAUUUCAGAUCGAGUGGUCUUACCACACGCGAGAAGAAGAACAAAAAGGGGGAAGUGGUGUACGUGCGCUAUAACUCGGAGCAAACCGUCGGAGGUGUGAAGAGGAACAUGGGGAGCUACAAGGAGCGGAAACUACGCGAUUUCACAGUGGCCGUCUGUUGGAUGGCCUACUUCCCCGACACCGACAUGGCCCAUUACGGCUUGGAUCCUGCCGAGCUUGGCUUGUGGGCGGUCCACCUCGAUUUCGCUCGUGAACUCCCGACGGGUGUCUGGAGUGUCAUGAACGAAUUGAACCUCGACAAGUUCGAGAACUUCGAAAACGUCAUGAACAAGACAAAUGCACGGGUGAAGGACGGCGCACAUUUCCAGGUGGCCGUUUGCACAGGGAUUGGACAGGCCCUGGUACACGGAGGGAGUGGGCUGGUGUCGCCCCCCGCGAAUGUCACUCCCGCGGUCUAUGCAGCGGGAGUAGCUGCAACCCUCUACACCUUGUGGUGUGCCUCGAUCGGCAUUCCCCACCAGGACUGGGCGGAGGGUGCGGAUGAGGCGGCUCGUGGCACGCUCAACGAGGCAAGCCUUGCUAGUCGAGCAACCUCUACUGCUCGCCUCGGAGUGUGGACCUUGAAGGCCGUGAAGAACCUAACGCACGAGAAGGCGGAUUGGGAAGUGGUGCUCACCAAGGCCAUUCUCGGCCUUGUGGAUCCCGAGCCCGGGGAGGCAGAGGCUAUUGAAAUGGCCAAGGUGGUUUCGAGGGUGCUGGUGUACUGGUGCGAGUGCUGUCACGCAAACCAGAGUCUUUACGCGUAUCAGGGUGGGAUGCUCCAUUUUCCCCAGCCCACAAAAGGGGGACGGCGGAAGGGGAAUGCGGGAGGCAACGAGUGA